AUGGGUUCUAAUUGCAUGUGCCAUUUCUUUCUACUAUCAACUAUACUGUAUACUGUUUUUGUCACAACUCUAGGGGUUAAUACAACAAAUUCCUACUGGCUUCUUAGAAUUAAAUCAGAAAUUGUUGAUCCAUUAGGAGCCCUUAACAACUGGUCUCCAACUACUCAUUUAUGCAGUUGGAAUGGAAUAACAUGUGCAGUUGAUGAGACAAACAUUGUAGACUUGGACUUAUCUGGUUCAGGAAUAUCUGGUUCCAUUUCAGUUGAGUUGAGUCACCUCAUUUCUCUUCAAACACUUGAUUUGUCUUCAAAUUCCCUCACUGGCUCCAUCCCUUCUGAGCUUGGGAAGCUUCAAAAUCUAAGGAUAUUGCUACUGUACUCAAAUUAUCUCUCUGGUAACAUUCCUGCAGAGAUAGGUAAUUUGAUCAAGUUGCAAGUUCUUAGAGUAGGAGAUAACAUGUUGACUGGUGAAAUCACACCUAGUAUUGGCAAAUUGAACCAGUUGACUGUGUUGGGCCUGGCCAACUGCAACUUAAAUGGAAGCAUACCUGUUCAGAUUGGUAACUUGAAGCAUCUAAUAUCUCUUGAUUUACAAUUUAACAGUCUUAAUGGCCUCAUACCAGAAGAGAUUCAAGGCUGUGAAGAGCUCCAAAAUUUUGCAGCAUCAAACAACAUGCUUGAAGGUGACAUACCCUCCUCUAUGGGGUUUCUCAAAUCAUUGAGAAUUCUGAAUCUGGCUAAUAACAGUUUAUCUGGAUCAAUUCCUAUUGCCUUGAGUCAUCUCUCAAACUUGACAUACCUGAAUUUGCUUGGAAACGAAUUAAAUGGUGAAAUUCCUUCAGAGCUUAACAAUUUGAGCCAGCUACAGAAGCUUGACUUAUCCAAAAACAACCUUUCUGGAUCACUAACCAUUCUUAAUGUCAAAUUGCAUAAUCUUGAAACUCUGGUUCUGUCUGAUAAUGCUUUAACAGGUAGUAUUCCACCUAACUUCUGCUUCAGAGGUUCAAAACUUCAGCAACUGUUCUUGGCUCGAAAUAAGCUUUCUGGAAGAUUUCCAUUGGAGAUACUAAACUGCUCCUCAAUCCAACAGUUGGACCUUUCUGAUAACAGCUUUGAGGGUGAACUUCCAUCCAGCCUGGACGAACUAAAGAACCUCACAGAUCUUGUUUUCAACAACAACAGCUUCAUUGGAUCUAUACCUCCACAAAUUGGAAAUAUUAGCAGCUUGAAAAGUCUUUUCUUGUUUGGUAACUUCUUCACAGGAAAAAUCCCGGUGGAGAUUGGAAGGCUUCAGAGAUUGAACACUAUUUACCUCUAUGAUAACCAGAUGUCAGGACUUAUACCAAGAGAGUUAACAAACUGCACAAGCUUAACAGAAAUUGACUUCUUUGGAAACCAUUUUGCAGGGCCUAUUCCAGAGACUAUAGGUAAGCUCAAGGACUUAACUGUUCUACAUUUAAGGCAAAAUGACUUAUCAGGUCCAAUCCCACCAAGCAUGGGGUACUGUAAAAAGCUUCAGUUAUUGGCAUUAGCAGAUAACAAAUUGUCAGGUUCCAUUCCACCCACAUUCAGUUACCUUUCAGAACUUCAUACCAUUACCCUUUACAACAACUCCUUUGAAGGAUCUCUUCCUGAUUCACUCUCUCUUCUCAGAAACCUUAAAAUCAUAAAUUUUUCCCACAACAAGUUCAGUGGAAGGAUCUUUCCUGUGAUAGGUUCAAAUUCUCUCACUGUUUUGGACUUGACCAACAACAGCUUCUCAGGUCCAAUCCCUUCUAUUCUAUCCAACUCCAAAGAUCUCACCCGUCUCAGACUUGCACACAAUUAUCUCACAGGAAGCGUUCCUUCAGAAUUUGGCCUGCUUACUGAGCUAAACUUUCUUGAUUUAUCAUUCAACAAUUUGACAGGAGAUGUGCCACCUCAACUCUCAAAAUGCAAGAAGAUUGAACACCUUCUUCUGAAUAACAACAGAUUGAGUGGUGAAAUGUCUCCAUGGUUAGGAAGCUUACAAGAACUUGGUGAGCUAGAUCUCUCAUUCAAUAACUUUCAUGGAAAGGUUCCUGCUGAGCUUGGUGAUUGCACAAAAUUACUCAAGCUUUCUCUCAAUCACAACAAUCUCUCAGGUGAAAUCCCUCAAGAGAUAGGAAACCUUACUUCUCUAAAUGUCUUCAACUUGCAAAGUAAUAGUCUCUCUGGCCUCAUUCCCUCAACGAUUCAGCAAUGCACAAAGUUGUAUGAGCUCAGGCUCUCAGAAAACUUUUUGACAGGUUCUAUACCAGUUGAGAUAGGAGGAAUCACUGAGUUGCAAGUAAUUUUGGACUUAAGCAGAAACAUCUUUUCUGGGGAGAUUCCAUCAUCUCUUGGAAAUCUCAUGAAGCUAGAAAGACUUGAUCUUUCUUUUAAUCAACUUGAAGGGCAAGUUCCUCCUUCACUUGGUAAACUUACAAGCUUGCAUGUGCUAAAUCUCUCAAAUAACCAUCUUCAAGGCCAGAUUCCUUCAACUUUUUCAGAGUUCCCUUUAAACUCCUUCUUGAAUAAUGACCGUUUGUGUGGCCCACCAUUAGUAUUGUGCUCAGAUGCUAUAGGGAAGGAUCAAAUGCAGCUGUCAAAAACAGAAGUGGUAGCAAUCAUAGUUGCCAUUGUCUUUACUUCAGCAAUGAUAUGCUUAGUAAUGUUGUAUAUAAUGUUGAGAAUCUGGUGCAAUUGGAGAAAAGUAGCUAUUUCAAGUGCAGAUGGAUGUUUAGUUGAGCAGAAGAGAGAAGAGACUGAUCAGAAGAUAAGAAAUGGAGAAUACUGGAAUUUGAAUUCCUUUGGGUUGAUUUCUUCACCAGAUAAGCAGAAUUCAAUAAUUAUUUGUAAUCUUAAAAUGGAUGCAGAAGCCAUGGGAAAUACCUUAGUCUGA